CCCAGAAGGCAAAUCCCAACUCAUUUUGUUCUCUGUUUCAGUUCCACCAUGACGCAUCCCAUUUUGUUGCUUGGACUUCUGAUAUUACCAUAUUUUAGUGGUUGUCAAGCUGAAAAUUACUUUUCACAAUACUGGGAAGAGCAUAUUAGUCUUACACAACCUCCACAUUGGUUAGCUGCAAAGGCUUCUCCAUUAAGUAUCCAUCAGGUGGCAGUGUUUAUGAAGCUUAUUGAGGAAAAUGAAUUGUCUUCCAAUCUAUUUUUGUUCUGUGAGCAGGCUAAUAUUGCUUGUUCUACAAAUUCACUGGUGAAGAAGAUAAUAGAUGACACAAUCUUACCACCAAUAGCUCAAUGGAAUGAUGAAAAACUGAAAUAUGAAGACCUUCCUAAUGAAACACCCUUAUCGGUUGCCAAUCAAGGUGGAUUGCCAUAUUUUCGAGAGUCAAUGGUGAGAGAGGGAGGUUUCAUGCCUGUCCCUGAUUUAAGAGACCCAAUGUCAUAUAAAUCGUUCUUGCCGCGAUCUUUGGCAUCAAAAUUCCCAUUUUCCUUUGCUCGGAUAAAGGAAUUGAAGAAGCUUUUUGGUGUAGUUGUCGAUGAAUCAAACAUGCAUGAGUAUAUCCAAGAAACAGUUGAGUUAUGUGAGAAGAGACCCAUUCAAUGCAAACAAUGCACUUGUGUGACUUCAGCCGAGGAUCUGAUUGAUUUUGUUGUCGAAAAGUUAGGGCACCAUGUGAAUGUAUGGAGUACUGAGAGUGUGGAAGGAUCUUAUGAGAAUGCCACAAUUGGAUCUGUGAAACUCAUAUAUGGAAAUCUCUCUGAACCACCAGCCUUGUGUCAUACUUUUUCCGGAGUAUCCAACCAUAUGGGUUCUUUGGAAGGCGAUGAUCUAGAGCCUCCCGACUGUCCUGACCCUGACGCCGUAGAGACAGACCCAACUGGUCGCUACAUUCGCUACGGCGACGUUCUCGGCAGAGGAGCUUUCAAGACUGUCUACAGGGGAUUCGACGAAAUUGAUGGAAUCGAAGUAGCGUGGAGUCAAAUCGAGCUCGAUUGCCUGUCGCAGAAGCCACAAGAUAUUGAAAGGCUUGACUCCGAAGUUCACCUUCUCAAGUCUCUGAAGCAUAACAACAUAAUCAAGUUCUACAGUUCAUGGGUCGAUGAUCGAAGCAAGACCAUCAACAUCAUCACCGAAAUUUUUAGCUCAGGGAAUUUGAGACAGUACAGCAAGAAGCAUAAGAAGGUGGAUAUGAAGGCCGUGAAGGGUUGGGCGAGGCAGAUCUUAAUGGGUCUCGAUUAUCUUCACAGUCACAGUCCCCCUGUCAUACAUAGGGACAUCAAAUGUGAUAACAUCUUCAUCAAUGGCAACCACGGUGAAGUUCGGAUCGGCGAUCUCGGGUUGGCAACGGUUCUACAAGAGACAAGGGCUCGGACCUAUAUCGGAACGCCGGCGUUUAUGGCACCAGAGCUUUAUGAAGAAGAUUACAAUGAGUUGGUGGAUAUAUAUUCCUUUGGGAUGUGUGUGCUAGAGAUGGUGACUUUUGAAUUGCCUUACAGUGAAUGUAAGAACCCAGCUCAGAUUUACAAGAAGGUAAUGGGUGGAAUAAGGCCAGAUGGGUUAUCUAAGGUGAUGGAUCCUGAAGUGAAGAGGUUCAUUGAGAAGUGUCUUGUUCCAGCAGAGGAAAGGUUGUCUGCCAAGGAGCUCUUGAAGGACCCUUUUCUACAAACUCUGGCUGGUCUGUGUGAUUACCCUGUUAGUUGUUUCUCUUCAAACCCAGAUGUGAAAAACUUUCUUUGUAUUCAAGCAAUGUGAAUUUUGUGACAAUUCCUUCAAA